AUGGCUCGUCAAUUAAAUUCAUCAGAGAUUGAUGCUUUUGAAGCCAUCAACCAAUUCUUGUUGCCUCGAUCCAAUGCUGACGCACAAAGGGAAGAAGAUAUAAUCGAGGUCAUUGAUUUAACAGCGGAGGACGAGCAAGAAGCCACCGAUCUGGUCCAAGCCACGUUGGUCAGCUCGACACGGCCGGAAAAAAGACGCCUUGAUUAUAACUUUAGCCCUGUUUCAAACAAGAGGCUGAAAAUUUAUACCGCCGUACAGGAUCAACAUAUUGAAUAUGAUGGUGAUGAUGAAGAUGAAGCUCGUUUAGUUCCGCGAUCACCGGAUACCAGCCCGCUCGGACCCCGGGAAAGUGUUUUUGAAAUACAACAACUUCCCACGUCUCCGGCUAGCAGCCCCAACGGACCUUCUGAUUGCAGUAUUGAGGCACAACAUUCACCAAGCCCUCAACGCUGGUCGGAUGACGGUGAAUCCAGCGAUGGUUAUGCCUCAACGCUAGGUGGCGGUCGCAGUCCUGUAUAUACACCAUACCCGUCUUUAGUAGUAGAAGAAGAAGACGAUCCAGAAAAGGAGGAAGAAAACAAUCAUGGCGGCGACCACGUUUUCCAACCACAACAAGCCGAUGAUCUCACACUAACAGGACCCAUCUCUAUCGUCGAACCCGAUUUUAAUCAACUAGUUCUGCAAUAUCUGGAGCGAAACCAGGUAAAAAUUGAUCAGAUAUCUGAAUAUGUUUUACACCAGCAGCGUGAUAUAGAUGAACAAUUAAGGGGUGCAAAUCAGAAACUGACUGAGGUGUUAAAUUUACUGAACAAAGCUGAACGUGAUCGCCGUGUUUUAGGUUCAAUACUCUGUUCAAUUAAAAAUGCUUUGAUACGUAGAUGAUUCAUCAAUAACACUGUUUUUAUUUACUCGAUGUACUUUUAUUAAUAGAUUUUGAUUCAUGUUAGCUAGCCUUAUGUUUUAGUUAUUCAUUUUGAUCAAGUGUGUUAAGUUUGUGUGUAAUAUCUGAUCUCUUUUGUUUGAUUAGUUAGAUUUUACAUUUUCCCCCCUGUAUUAAUUUUCUUAAUUCUGUUUUGAUUGUACAUUUUAAAAGAUUUAUAAAUUUUCAAUUUGAGUUUACAAUUAAA